AAUUGUCAUUUUCUUAUCAUCUUCAUUAUUAUUUCUCUAUCUUUUACAACCACUGUGUUCUCUCUUCACUUUCAUAUUCUUAUCUAGUUUCUCGCAUCUACUUUUUCCCAAUUGUCUCUAAGAAAACAGACAAAUUCAAUUUAAUAUUUAUGCUACCCCGCCUAUUUCUCACUAUUUUACCAGUUUGCUCACCCAGUAUUUCUAAUAAAACUUCAAAAAAAUUUCGGGAUGCUCAUGCCAAUCAUGUAUUUUUAUUCGAGAUGGACCUCAACAAUACACUCUCCUUUUUUGGAAAGCAACUAAAACUGGAUACCGAGGAAGAAAUUUCGAAAGUAAUUGAUCAAAUCCGAAAACAUCUCAACUUGGAGGUUCUUGACUUUCGUGGUAACACGCUCAGUGUUUUGGCUGGAAAAUUAAUCGCAGAAUCACUGAAAACGCGGAGGGAGUUAAAGGAAUGCAUAUGGAGUGAUAUGUUCACGGGUCGACUGAAAGAUGAAAUUCCUCUUGUUCUUGAUGCUCUUGGAGAGGCAUUGACGGCUUCUGGAUGUCGUCUUACUACUCUUGAUCUAUCGGAUAAUGCUUUUGGAGCUGGAUUGUCAACAUCUCUCUACAAUUUCCUGCAAUCACCAGCCUUGUACUCACUAGAAAACCUUAUUCUCAAUAAUAACGGUCUAGGUUUGGCGGGAAAAACAGUCGGAAAAGCUCUUUGCUCACUCAUUGAUGCAUCGAAAAAAGCUGGAACACCACUGAAAUUGAAGAAAUUUGUUUGUGGAAGAAAUCGCCUGGAAGUUGAAUCCACGAUUGCCCUCUCUGACGCAUUUAUUAAAUUGGGGACACUUGAAGAGAUUCGCCUUCCUCAAAAUGGAAUCCGAGAUGACGGAAUUAUUGCACUUGCUGAAGCUUUUCGGAUGAAUAAGAAAUUAAGAAUUAUUGACAUCAAUGAUAAUUUCUGUUGUCCAGAAGGAGCAAUUCAAAUUUCUGAAGUUCUUUCGGAUCUUCAAUUUAUCGAAGUUUUGGAUCUUGGUGAUUGUGUCUGCGAUGAUCCGGGAGUUCUUGCCAUCAUAGCAGAACUCGACAAAAUAAAUCGAGAUUGUCUGAAGAAAGUCGUUCUCAGUGGAAACAAUAUCACUUCUGAUGUUAUUGAUGAGAUUGGAGCUUGCUUUAAUUCUCCUAAAAUGUGCCACGUAAAAGUUGACAUUUCUGUGAACAUGUUUGGUAAAGAUUUCGACAGUGCCAAGGCAAGACACGGAAAAGGAAAUAUUGACUUUGGUAGAAGAGGUGAUGAUGAAUUGUUAUCGUCUGAUGAAGAAGAAGAACAAGGUGCAGAAGAUGCAAGUAUGGAAGAAGAUGCUUUCAACACAUCACGUGAAACCGUGAUAGAUCGUUCGAAUUUACACGAAGCUUCUGCUGAUGAAAUGAUGAAUGAUCUGAUGAACAAAGGUUUCGGAUGUAUGAAGAUUGAAGACAAUCAGCAAAACAGCAAUGGCAAUGGAAUGGUUUCUUUCUUGGACAAAUCAUUAAAGCUUGAUACUGCAGAAAGUGCUGAGCCUGUGGUUAAAGUGAUUGCAGCUGCAAGUUCUAUGAAAGCAUUGGAAUUAAGAGGAAACACCCUUGGAAUUGCGGCAGGAAAUGUGAUUGCAAAAGCUUUAGAGAGUCAUCCAGAGCUCGAGAGAUGUCUUUGGAGUGAUUUGUUCACUGGACGCCUCAAAAACGAAAUUCCACCGAUUCUAGAAGCUCUUGGAAAGGCUAUGAUGACUGCUGGAUGUAAGAUCAAAGAGCUUGACUUGUCUGACAACGCCUUUGGACCAAUUGGAGCUGAUGCUCUCAAGGAUCUUUUGGAAUCACCGUCAUCAUUCUCUUUGGAAGUCUUGAAGCUUAACAACAAUGGAUUAGGAAUAGGAGGAAAACAAAUCGCAAAAUCAUUGACUGAGUGUCUCAGAAAGUCAAUUGCUGUGGGAGGCGAGAAUCGAUUGAGAUUGAAAACAUUUAUUGCUGGAAGAAAUCGUUUGGAAAAUCCAGGAGCACAUGCACUGGCGGCUACUUUUAAGGCUCUUGAAACGGUUGAAUGGUUUGAUGUUCGUCAAAAUGGAAUUCAUGAAGAAGGAAUUCGUGCUCUGGUGGCUGCAUUGAAACACAACAGAAAUCUUCGAUAUCUCUGGCUUGAAGACAAUACAGUACUCCCCAAGGGUGCAAAGGCUCUUGCAAAAACUCUGGAAUCUUGGCCGAAGUUAGAAGUUUUGAAUUUGUCAGACUGUUUGAUUCGUGACGCUGGAUGCAAUUACAUUAUUGAUCACUUGAAUCCUCAACAUCAUCGCCAUCUUAAAAAUGUUUACCUUUGCGGAAACGAGCUCACACCACCCGUCGCUAAGCUCCUGAUUCAAAAAUGGUCAAAGUUUGAUGGUCUUACACCGAAACCAGUGCUUCAUAUUCAUACCAAUUCGUUUGGUGAUGAAUUCUCUGAUGUUGCUGGAAUGGCACCGGAAAAUGUGAAUGUUGGAGAUGAAGAUGAUGAUUUGGGAAGUUUGGAUGGAGAUCAAGAGGAGUACAAUAGUAAAUCGUCAGAUUCGGAAGAUGCAGAUUUGGAUGAUGACGAUGAAGAUGAUGAUGAGGAAGCGGAGAUUCAGAUUAUCGACAAUGGAGAAUCACAGUUAAAACUUGCAAUGGAUCGAAUUGAUCGUCUGGAUAUCGACUUUGAAAGCAGAUUCCAGGAAGACACUGCACGUGUUAUUCUUCAACUUUCAGCACCUCUCAAAAGUUGUAAAAUGAGUGAGCCAGCUUUGCAAAGAGCUAUUGAAGUUGCAGAAAAUAUCGUCCGCCGAGUGGAGUCUGUCAAGCGUAACCCGAUUCCGGCCACAACUCAAUUAGUUAACAAUAUUGUUGCUCAAUGUGCAGGAACAGGAGUUAAGGCUGAAACUGAUUGGGGAUAUGGUGCCGAUCCACAAGUGAUUUCACGUUUGUUCUCGGAACUUGUUGCUCGCGGCCAUUUCAAGUUGGAGCUGGCUCUCCUUCAACGCUUUUUCCCUUCACAAUAAUCGAGCUUCUCUACACGAUAUCCCAGUCUUCGCGAUUUUUUUACAUGAUUUCAGAUAAGCCGUGGUUAUUUUAUAUUUGGAUCUACAAUACAUGUAUUAUUCAUCGUAUCGUGAACAAUAUAUUUCUUCAACUUCCAAUGUAUACACGAGUUAUCAAUUUGUUUUAAUUUUGUUUCUCUAAUUUCCACUAAUUUUUAGUUUAAUACUUUAAAUCUCUUUCUUGUACGUGUAAAUGCUUCAAUCCGUUUUUCAAGUAAAUUUUUGUGAACGAAGUUGUUUUUAUGAUUACAUGUUUUAUGUCUUUGUGAACUUUUUUAAUUUUGAGAUGAAUAAAGCAUUUUCUACA